AUGACCAUCACUGAGUUUCUGGCCUUAGUUGAGAAGGAAAAAGUUGUUGAGCGGUUGAAAGGUGGCAACUGGGUGACGAAGACUACUGAGGGACCAAAGUACAGGAAGUUUGCUAAAGGUUUGAAGCAUGAGUUGAAGAGGGUGGUGGUGCCUAUGACCAUCACUGAGUUUCUGGCCUUAGUUGAGAAGGAAAAAGUUGUUGAGCGGUUGAAAGGUGGCAACUGGGUGACGAAGACUACUGAGGGACCAGUUGGGUCCAAGAGAGGUGGAGCUACUACUCUUAGAUGUUACAGAUGUAGUGGACCCCACUUCAUUCGUGAUUGCCCUCAUACUGAGAGCAAGUGUUUCAGAUGUGGCCAGAUGGGCCAUGUGUCGAUUAGUUGUCCUUUAGGUGCUAGACAGACCAGGGAUACUCUGAGAGGUGAUAGACCUACUGCAACUAGGAGGGUGUUUGCCUUGACUGGGGCUGAAGCUUCCACUUCAUCUGAUCUAGUGAAAGGGAAGGGUAAAGCUACUAGUAAGGAUGUGAUGAUACUAUUAUUUGACUCGGGGGCCUCCCAUUCAUUUAUUUCAUAUGCUUGUGUUGAGAGGUUGAGAUUGCCUGUAUGUACCUUGGGGUUGAGAUUGCUUGUGUCUACUCCUGCUUCUGUUUAUGUGGUUGCUUUCUAA